UGACAGGCGUGCUAAAGAAAAGAUUCACUCUUUAGUGUAUUUAGUGGGUGGAUGGAGCCUGAUGCUGGUGCCACUUCCACUGCCUCUCUGCCAGCAGGACAGAAUGGAGCUUAAGCUUCUACACUUGACCAGUCUUUCACACUCUCUUGUAAUGAUCAUUGCUGUUUGCAUCCGCCUGUGUUGUUCAUUGGAGGAAACCCUAAGUGUGCAGGCGGUCAGUCCCCUGGUCGGACAGCUGUCUGUGUGGAGGAAAUGUGCAGCUGCCCCUGGAGACAUGGCUUGCCUGUGCUUGGAAACUCACAGCCUGUUAGGCGCUGGAAUUCCUUCCUGGCAGUGAUUGCGACUUGAUAAAUUUGAACUUGAUGAACAGAUGAGCCUGGAUUUAAAGUAGGAGAUUCUGCAUAUGUAGUUACUUGGAAGAGUAAAUACAAGAUAGCACAGUGAAUUGAUCAUAGCAACCUGUGAAAAAGGAAAUGUGUUCUUCUAAUGCCCUGGUGCAGUAACAUGAUAGCAAGAUGGAUCCUCUUACUGCUUUCUCUUGAACGUCUCCCUGAUUAUUUCACUGUUCGCAUAUGUGGUGUGAGGCCUUCCGGAUGCAUUCCAGUUUGGAUUUGCCACUCCUUUCAUAGGCAAGCUGCCCGGAAGUUAGCCAUCUGCUGGACACUACUAGCUACUAGCUGUCUUUCUUUGCUUUUUUACGGGGAGAUCUUCUAGUUCAUGACAGUGAGAUUACAAGAUGAAGAUUUCUUCUAACCCUCUAAUUUAAAAUUAAUUAGAAAGCGAGACAGAGACUUUGCUUUAUCGGCAGAGGGAGAAGGACAAUUUGAUUGAACAAGAAAAAAAAAAAAACUUGGCCUGUAACAGGCUUUCAAGUAAAAGCGGGUCUGUCUCAGCAGGGGAGCAUUAACCCUAAUGAGGUCUCCAGACGACAGGAAUACGACAGAGGGCCAGGGCUACUCCUGUGUCUGCCCCUCCAUACGAGGCAGCAAAAUCUGAAGAUCAAAAAUUCGUGCCCAACUGCUGGAGCAGCUCAAAUGUCUUGACCAGCAAUGUGAGCUCCGUGUCCAGCUCCUCCAAGACCUACAGGACUUCUUCCGCAAAAAAGCUGAGAUUGAAAUGGAUUAUUCACGGAAUUUGGAGAAGCUUGCUGAAAGGUUCCUGGCAAAGACCCGCAGCACAAAAGACCAUCAGUUUAAGAAGGAUCAGAAUGUCCUGUCGCCGGUGAACUGCUGGAAUCUCCUGCUGAGCCAAGUAAAGAGAGAAAGCAGGGACCAUGCUACACUUAGUGACCUCUACCUCAACAAUAUCAUCCCACGCUUUGUUCAGGUCAGCGAAGAUUCUGGACGACUAUUUAAAAAGAGCAAGGAGGUUGGCCUGCAGCUCCAGGAGGACUUGAUGAAAGUGCUCAAUGAACUCUACACGGUCAUGAAGACCUACCAUAUAUAUAAUAUGGACAGUAUUAAUGCAGAGUCCAAGCUGAAGGAAGCUGAGAAGCAGGAAGAGAAACAGAUCAGUCGCUCCGUACGACAGGAGGAGAAACAGACGCCUCGGUCCCCUGAUGCCCUCACCAACAUCAAGAUUGAGGAGAAGCACAUUCGACGCAGCUCUGUCAAGAAGAUUGAAAAAAUGAAAGAAAAGCGUCAAGCCAAAUACACUGAAAACAAGCUAAAAGCAAUCAAGGCCAGGAAUGAAUACCUUCUAGCCCUAGAGGCCACAAAUUGCUGUGUCUUCAAAUACUACAUCCAUGACCUCUCUGAUCUUAUUGACUGCUGUGAUCUUGGCUACCAUGCAAGCCUGAACCGUGCCCUCCGUACCUAUCUAUCUGCUGAGUUCAACUUGGCACAAUCCAAGCAUGAGGGUUUGGAAAUGAUUGAGAAUGCUGCAGAGAACCUCAAUGCCAACAGUGACAAGCAGUGCCUGAUGGUGACCUAUAACACCGUAUUCUGUCCACCUGCCAGAUUUGACUUUCAGUCCCACAUGGGAGACACGGUGGCUCACAUAUGUGCCCAGCCACCAGUUCAGGGGGAGCUUCUACAGAGGUGCCAGCAGUUACAAUCCCGGCUGUCUACACUCAAGAUUGAAAAUGAAGAGGUGAAGAAGACCAUGGAGGCGACCUUACAGACUAUCCAGGACAUUGUGACGAUUGAAGACUUUGAUGUUUCUGAUUGCUUCCAGUAUAGUAAUUCCAUGGAGUCAGUGAAGUCAACUGUAUCCGAGACCUUUAUGAGCAAACCCAGCAUUGCAAAGAGACGAGCCAACCAGCAGGAGACCGAGCAGUUCUACUUCACAAAGCUGAAGGAGUAUCUCGAAGGCAGAAACCUAAUCACCAAGCUUCAGGCCAAGCAUGACCUGAUCCAGAAGACCCUUGGGGAAAGCCAAAGAACUGACUGCUCCAUUUCCAGCAGCAGUGGAAGAAGAGAUUCGACCGUGCGCAAGCAGGAUUCAAGCCAAGUCAUUCCAUUGAUGGUGGAAAGUUGCAUUCGUUUCAUCAGUCGGCAUGGCUUGCAGCACGAGGGUAUCUUCAGGGUGUCUGGAUCCCAGGUGGAAGUCAAUGACAUCAAGAAUGCUUUUGAGAGAGGUGAAGACCCUUUGGCUGGUGAUCAGAAUGAUCAUGACAUGGACUCCAUUGCCAGUGUACUUAAGCUGUACUUCAGAGGCCUAGAAAAUACACUGUUUCCAAAAGAAAUCUUCCAUGAUCUCAUCUCAUGUGUGUCAAUGGAGAAUCUCCAGGAUCGUGCAACAAGCAUCCGCAAGGUCCUUCUCUCCUUACCCAAAUACACUUUGGUCAUCAUGAGAUACCUGUUUGCCUUUCUCAACCACCUGUCCCAGUACAGUGAAGAAAACAUGAUGGACCCCUACAACUUGGCAAUCUGCUUUGGUCCUACACUGAUGUCAGUCCCAGAAGGCCAUGACCAGGUUACCUGCCAGGCACACGUCAACGAAUUAAUUAAAACAAUAAUCAUUCACCAUGAGACCAUUUUCCCAGGUCAAAAGGAGUUGGAAGGACCAAUAUAUGACCAUGGAGGAAGCACAGAGGAAUACUGUGACAGCCCACAUGGUGAACCCUCGCUUGUAGAAGAUUCUUCGCAGGAUGUCGUUAUUGAGCCUCACAACAGUGAAGAUGCUAAUCCAGGGUCCUUGCUCAUUUCAGAGUCGGAUCCCAUCGAAGCCAUCGCAAAGUUUGACUAUUCUGGUCGCACUGGCCGCGAGCUUUCCUUCAAGAAAGGAGCUUCAUUGCUACUGUACCAUCGGGCAUCUGAUGAUUGGUGGGAAGGACGUCACAAUGGUGUAGAUGGCUUGGUGCCACACCAGUACAUUGUGGUGCAAGACACGGAAGAGAGCAGCACCGAGAGAGGAAGCCCAAAAGCUGAGAUGGAUGCUGCCUCUGAUGCAACACCUCCUGAGGAGAAGGUUUCCACAAGGGGAAGUAUCAGCUCUCCAACAGGGGGGCAUGUGGCGGACAUUUACUUGGCCAAUCUGAACAAGCAAAGGAAGAAAUCUGAAUCAGGAAGCAUUCGUAGGACAUUUCGAACCAGCGAGAGUGAUGGUCUGCCAGGGGCCUCAGCUAGUCCCAGGGCCACCUCAAUGCCGAUAUGUAGCCUUCCAAAAGAGUCGUCGGAGAAGCGGCCAGUGAGUGCUCAUGGAGGACUCAAUUCCAUUACCAGGCACUCUUCUCUGAAAACUAAAGUAGAAAGCCCACAGUUCAGAAAAUCAGCCACUGCAGGGCGUUCCAAGAGCUUCAGUAAUCACAGACCCCUGGAUCCUGAAGUCAUUGUGCAGGUAGAGCACAGUUCAAAGGACAUUGAGGCCACCAUGAACUCUGCACUGAAUGAGUUACGGGAGCUGGAGAGGCAGAGCACUGUGAAGCACGCCCCAGAUGUAGUGCUGGACACACUUGAGCCCAUGAAGGUCUCAGCCGCUGCACUGGCACCCACCUCCGAACCCUCCAGCCCUUUGCACUCCUGCCUCAUCAAGGAGACGGAAUCUUUGCACCCGCUGCAGCGCAGCUCCAGCUCUGCCAGUGACAUGCCUAGCACGUUCCGCCCUAUCAAGACUGCUGCUAAGGCUGUGGCACCUAGCCGAGAGGUUAGGCCCCCUGCCACACGACCCAAGCCUGUGAUCUUCCCCAAGACUAACUCGGGCAGCCCAGCUGUGGGCUCUCCUACCUCAUCUAUGCCUCCUACCCCACCACCUCCUCCGCCACCCUCUGACAAAUCGUGCCCUGUAUGAGGUGGCAGCAUGUGGAAAUGUUGAAGUACCCAUGAAGUGGAGGGGGAGAAAGUACUUCCCAGGCCUGUUAGCAGCUUUUGAAGCCUGCACAACUCGACUGGAGGAUUAAAUUUAACGACAGAGUGACCGACUGUAGCUUACUGAGCAGAUGUGUUGACAGAAGGGGAAUUUACCUUUUAUUUUUUUUGUUCAACAGCAAUAGUCAUUCUGCAAUAUCUUUUGUGGGGGAAACAGCAAAUAUAAUUCAUGUUUUUUUUUCUGAUUGUUGUCCUUCACUGUCACAAUAUGCUGCACAAAACUCUCCGUACAGCAUCGCUCCAUCUACUCAGUCAGAUCUUUCCACUAGGCCUGGACCAAAAUGGAUCACAUUUGAACCUAAACUGUAUUGAGGGGGCAAAAAAAGACUGGCAUCCAUAAAGCGACUGACUGUGGAAAACUGACCCAGAAGAAACAGGUCACCUGAGAAGAGCUGUAACCUUACGGCCUAGUUGACACAAAUGUGACAGGAUCAGGCAAUGCUGCCUGCUCUCAGGAAAUUUACCAUCUCUCUGGUGGUGAGGGUCUCGGGGGGUGGGUGGGGGGCUAUCACUGUUUGAUGGUGUUGUGUGUGUGUAUGUGGAUUUUUUUUUUUUUUCUUCCUAAAACAUGAAGAGUAGUAUGGUGGGUGAAAAUAGGUGAGUGUGCACACUCACACCUUCGUGUGCCAAAUUCUAGCCACUUCCCCAUGUCUACAGCAUUUAUGAUGAGUGAGCACCCAGGUUCUUCCAAGAAAGCUUUCAGGGUGCUUCUGUGAGGAAAUCUCCGAGUGAACUGCACUGGACAUGUGUUACUUGGAUGAGAGCCUCUGUUUAAUUUUGCUGAACUGAUUUUACUGGAAAAAAAAAAAAAAGGCUGUGGAACUGGGGGCCACUGUUGUCUCAUUCCGAGUGUCUUGAAGGCGACAUGACUUUUUAUAUUUUUACGUAAGAAGAGUCUGUAAUAAUAAUAAAUUGUAUAUUUUCCCCAAUUACUGCUAAUUUUACUGCUGAUAACUGGAAAAAAAGUGAGCGUAUAUUACUGUGAUAGAAAGGCAGCCUCUGUUCAUAGGAGCAGGUGCCCUGUGGCCAGGGCGCCAGCGUUCAGCCUGUGCGUCUUUCAGGGUGCAUGUGAGGCAGGUAGGCAGCUCUUAGAGUGAAUGUGCAGUGCGUUUAAUGGAUUAAACAGACAGAGAAACAAACUCGCAUAUACACAGGGUACUGCUGAAAGCCAAAUUUGGUGGUUAUUUUUUUUUUGAUUUUUUAAUUUUCUUUUUUUGUGCGUGAGGGACUGGGAGGAAAAAGGCAUGUGGCACUCACCACCGUAGAAUUUAUCCAUUUCAAACACUCCCCAUUAUUCACACUGGUCGCUGCACAAUAUAAGGAGUUACCAAAGCAGGGAAGAGAGAGUGAAAUGCAUUUGUGACAAACUGGCAGCACGAGCACCUGAUUGGUUAAGACUUAGAGGUGUGACCUUUGACCUGCACUCUUACUAAUCAGUCUCUCGUGAAUAUGUAUGUAUAUAUAAGUGUGUGUGUAUACACCCUCACACACACACAUCUUUCUUUUUUCUAUUUUUUUUUUCUUUUUAAAUAAGAGGACUUGAAGCAUUGGUUGCUCACAUAGCCUGGCGUGCACUUUUUGCUCAGUCCCUUUUGUAUUGGAGCAUUUUUACCUUCUUUAUUUUUAUUUUUUUUUUUAAGUACUCCCAUUGAGUUUUGUAGAUCAGCAAAAUGUUUCUUUCUUCACUCCCCAGAUACUCCUGUGCUAUUCUGCACUAAAAGGGGGUUUUCAGCAGCAUAGACUCCAUUAGCGUGAGUGAGGCUGAUGCAGUUGAGUCCAAGCUUGUGCGUGCAGCUCUGUCUGCAAACUGAUGCUCCUGUGGAUUGAAGCAGUGCCAAGAAUAUUUGCAGUUGAUUUCAGAUUUUGAGUAAACACCACUUCCUGCUUUUAAGAAGCAUCCAACUGAGAUGCCAGCUGGUGCCCCUAUUGAGAAACAACACUUGGCUUUACCAGUUGCAAUGCUGUGCUGGUAGUUUGCAUAGUAAACUCUGUAACUGGAAGGUGCCUGGAGACCUCCUGUGUCAACCUCCUUAAACCCGGAACUCAACACUGAGGUCCUUCUGGUUAUCCCUGACAUAAUUAAGUUAGUGAGUGUUGCCAUUACAAUCUAUCCGACUAUCCAAAACAGGAAAAUGUUUAUAACAAUAAUUUUUGUUUCUAGUUGUGGUAGUAGAAAGUUUCUGUCCUGUCCUGUCCCUGUCUUCAGCACACAGUCUGCACCUUCACAACCAAAGGUAAGAACUGUCCAUCUCUUUCUGAUAUUCUCAUUAACAACUAGUGUCCAGACACUCUUCUUGGGUCAUGUCCCUCGUCUAGCUUUCACUUAGUUAGUUUAUGAUAUUCCCUGCAAUCCGACUUUACUAGAGAUGACCGUUUUUAAAAUGUGAAAUAAGCAAACACUUCACUGUGACUUUUUAUGGCUUCCUUCUCAGUUUAAGCCUUUUUGACUCUCCAGAUGGUGUUUGAGGUGGGCUCCCAUAAUGCACUUGAAAAAAGAAAGUGUGCUUGUGAACUGGUUGAGUGUGGAUUUUUUUUUUUUUUAUAAUUAGUAUAACCGGUGGAAAAAGUCAAAUAUAUUUAUAGCUAUUCAUUCAGACAUCUAUAUAUAAACCUGUGUUCAUGUUCUUUGUAUAUACAAUGGUGUAUAUUGCAGGGGCAAGAUUUUUUUUUUUUUUUUGGCAACAGUUAUUGUACAGCAUUAGCAAUAGCAAUAGUCUUCUAAAUAUAUGUGCAGUUCUUGUAGUUAAACUUUUUUUUAAUAAACAUUGCUUGCUAUAGA